GUACUUUGAUUGGCGUUGACCGAUAUGGCAACAAAUUCUACGAGAACAUGGAAGAGGAACUUCCUCUCCGAACUCGCUGGGUCGAUUACAAGCAGCAGGAGUACGACCCGUCGCAGAUAGAGCCCGGUUGGCACGCCUGGAUAUCUUACAUGGUCGACACCCCUCCCACUGGUGACAAGAUUAUGCAGACUGGUCUUCGUCCCUGGGAAUUGAGGGAGCACAGGCCUACCCUGACACUGAGCCGCGCCGCUUUCAAGACCUAUUCUACUACCAAGCCUAAGUAUUCAGCUUGGAACCCCGUUGCUGCUCCCCGGUAAUCCGGUCGAGGUUAUUCCG